ACGUGUCGUGGCCACACUGCGAUCGCCAGCCCUGGCUGGCCACCGGAAAUCUGCAGGUGACUCACGCGAAUACGGCUCCAGCCUCCUGCAGGGUAAUGCUCAGUUUGGGGUGUCUGGGUGGGCUGGAGACUGCGCAAAGCGGCGACUGAGAGGAAAGGUGCUCGGCGGGGGUGCUAGAGACGAGGAAAGUGGAGGCAUGAAGGGAAAGCAGGUGCUUUCAGUUGGUUCGUGUCAGCCGUAGAAGACGGAAGCGCUGCGUCUCCCUUGGUGUCCUGAGACCACCUCAUGGAGCGUAACAUUACCAAGAGCUCGGGAAUCGGGGGACCCCACCCCCCCGCGUGCCUGGUCACCAGCUAAUUCCAGGGGAAGAGCCACAAACCCACCCCCGAACCCUCCACAGCCUGGGGGGAGAAUUCCCUCACCGGCCACAGGCCCUGGCUCUUAUGCCAGUCCCUGCCCCUGCUCCUGAUGGAGCUGCAUGAAACCCAGUGCUCAGGGCAGGAGAAAGCCACAUGCCAGGCUAGGCGGCUCCAUCGUGGCUCUGUGACCAGCCCCCCGCCCUCUCCAGACCCAUGGAACUUCGUCUCAUCUUCUGCCUCCUCUGGGCUCUGCUAGCUACAGCUAAUGCUGUGUCGUUGUGGCCUCACAGCUGUUACCAGGGCGUCCUUGGGAAAAGCAGCGUAGCCAGGAGAUGUAACUGGGAUGAGAAUUCUUGCCUCACUGUUCAGGAAGAGAACACCCUCGGGGGCGUGGUGAACACGGGCAUCCUCCAGGCAUGUGGCUACAACAUGCGUAGCCUGGAGGGCGACCUGGACUUUGAAUUCGGGGGCGGCGUCUACGUGAGGGUCCACUCCGAGAUCUGCAGAGAGACCAACUGCAACACGGGGGAGAAAAAGGAACGCCCCAAAAUCAGCACCGUGCCCAACGGAGGCCAGUGCCCGUCGUGCUUUGCCCCAGGAUCCCACCGCUGCCUCCAGAACGUCACCCUGCACUGCCAGGGGGCCGCCAACCACUGUGUCGACGUCGUGGGGACGCUGUCAGAGAACAACGUCGAAAUCCCUUUCGCAGCCAGAGGAUGCGCCACCCAGGAUGUGGCCAAGAUCAAAGCCGGGGACAUACUGGUGUCGGGCGUAUUCACCUAUCGGAUCAAGAGCAUCCAGUUAAGCCCGGCCCCCAGAACGGAGACCGUGGAUGACUUCUGACACCUGCUGAGCUCCAUCCCGCUGGCUCACCCCUGCUUCGAGCUAUUCCCUCCCCCGCACCCCCAGGCCUCUCCGUGGCUGCCCCCCCUGUGGUCCCUCAGUUCCCUCCCCCCGGGGGGAGAUAACGGUGCCAUGCAAGGCCCGAGCCAGAGACCCAUGAUGGGCUUUGCACUGAGUGUGACGGGCUUAAAAACAGGCCUGAGUAUUAGAGACCCAUUAGCAGCUUCCCCUCAGCGUGUGCACCCAGGGGAAGGUCCUGGCUCUCAGCUAUGUUUGUUCUAACCACUAGUCCCCACUCCCCUCCCAGAGCCAGGGACAGAGCCCAGGCAUCCUGCCACCCCUCCACCCUCUGUUCUCACCUUUCGUAUUUCCGCACGCCAACGCACUCAAUAAAGCUGCAUCCUAAAUCCAAAUUCCCGGCAGAGCAUGUGUCUGUACCGCUGCCCCCGUCCAUGCCGGACCCAGGAGUCCUGGCCCCCGCCUCCUCCCAGAGACUAACAGAGACUCAUGUCAAAGGAGGCUCUUGCCGAGGGCGGCUCUGCGCUAAACACCCGGCUGCAUCGCUCCGGGGUGUGAAACAGCCGCACGCUGGGAGCCGUAAGGAAGCCGACGUA